AUGAUACAAAUAUUAAUUAAUUUUAUAGCCACAGUUAUAGCCAUCAUUCUAAGGAGAGGAGAAGGAGGGAAAAUGUCACAAGAGAAUGAGGUUGAGAUCACCUCCCUCAAGAAAAAUCUUGAAGUCCAAAUGGCAAGGAAUGAGUCAUUGGAGAAAGAAAACAAGGAUCUCAAACAAGAAGUGACCCGUUUGAAGUCACAGAUUAUUUCACUGAAAGCACAUAACAUUGAGAGGAAAACCAUACUAUGGAAGAAGAUUCAGAAAUCCAUGGAUGGCAACAAUUCAGAUUCACUUCAACAUAAAGCAUCGUUUCAAGUAACAAUGUCUGAAAAGAGUCCACAAGAUGAGAAGAAUGUGCAUACAAAUUCAGAUUUGCAAGAACCAACAGCACCUAGAAUCAAGGAAAGAUCAACAAGAGUACCCACACCUCCACCAAAGCCUGCUUCAACCCCUCUUCUUCCUUCACACAAAAAUGAGAAAGGAAUGAAAGUGCAACCAUUGCCAACAACAGCACCACCGCCACCUCCAGCACCUCCGAAAUCACUUGUUGGAUUGAAAGCCGUGCGCCGUGUGCCGGAAGUAAUCGAACUCUAUCGUUCUUUGACAAGAAAUGAUCCCAACAAGGAUAGCAAAAUAAAUUCCAAUGGAACUCCUGCACUUGCAUUCACCAGAAACAUGAUUGAGGAAAUUGAAAAUCGAUCAUCUUUUCUCUCAGCUAUAAAAUCAGAUGUUCAAAGACAAGGGGAGUUUAUUAGUUUCUUGAUAAAAGAGGUAGAAUCUGCCUCAUACAGAGAUAUUUCUGAGGUGGAGCCAUUUGUGAAAUGGCUAGAUGGGGAGCUAUCUUCACUGGUGGAUGAACGUUCAGUGCUAAAGCAUUUUCCACAUUGGCCAGAACAAAAAGCAGAUGCACUUAGAGAAGCUUCUUGCAACUACAAAGAUCUGAAGAACCUUGAAUCAGAAGUCUCAUCAUUUGAGGACAACCCAAAAGAGUCAUUGGCUCAGGCUUUGAAAAGGAUCCAAGCACUUCAGGACAGGCGAGCAUGUACAAAACUAGAAUAUUCAGUAACUUAUGCUUUUGAGUUGGAGAGAAGUGUAAAUAGUACAGAGAGAACAAGGGAGAGUGCAAGUAAAAGAUAUAGGAAUUUCCACAUACCCUGGGAGUGGAUGCUGGACACAGGGCUCAUUGGUCAGAUGAAACUAAGUUCAUUGAGGCUAGCAAGAGAAUUCAUGAAACGAAUAACGAAGGAAUUGGAAUGUAAUGAAGCCUUGCAAGAAGAUAACCUCCUACUACAAGGAGUUAGGUUCGCAUUCAGAGUACAUCAGUUUGCAGGUGGCUUUGAUACAGAGACCAUACAAGCAUUUCAAGAAUUGAAGAAAAUUGGUAGUGCUUGUACCAAACUAUAG